UGGGGAAAAAUUGGAUUUUUGACAAUCGAUGUCUUCUUCGAUUCAAUCUUCUCUCUUCUUCUAAAAUCUAGGGUUCUAAAAUCAAUCGGCUCUUCUUCUUCUCUCUCGUGUUCGUCUUCUCUGUCGAGCUCAGUCACCUUCUCUAUCGCCUCUUCCUCUGUCAAUCUCAUCGCAACCAUGAUCAUAUCAGAGAAGAAUCGCCGUGAGAUCUCCAAGUACCUCUACAAAGCAUUGUUUCUGAAAUUUGCAAUGCUUAACAUCAUAAACAUGUAAUUCAGGUGUUUGAAUUACAUGCACUCUUGCUCUGAGAUUUGGUGAUUCUGUAAUUUGUGAAAGACAAAUCCGAUCAAAACAAGAAAAAGAGAUUUGCUGAAUAAUGCUCUAUUUAUUAAUCGGAUAACAGAGAUCAGGAGGACUUAUUCUAAUCAAAAUACAUUCGACUUAAACAAAACGACAUAGCUUUUAUUCUUCAUAUUCAUUGAGCAGCGGAAGAUUGAGUGAGUGAGUGAGGAAGCGUUUGUAGCAGUGAGACGGAGGAGGCUCGUUUGUAGCAGUGAGGCGGAUUUCACAAGGUCUCGAACGAGGAAGCGUUUAUCAUUCUUCUUCUGGGAUGAGCAAAACGGAGAUCAAUUUGCGGAGAUUGCUUUCCGUUGCACCUAAUCAGCAAAAUCAGUCAAAGCUUAUUCAUUAUGUUGCUACUUUGAGGGAACUAUUAGAACAACUCUCCCUAGAGAAGACGACACCUCAAUGCCUUCCCAGUGUUACAAAGGCUAGUCAGGUGAAUGAAUACUAUGAAAAGAUUGAAGCAAUAGUUGUUCAAGUCCCCGACGCAGAGGUACCUGAUGAGCCUUUUGCAAACGACUUUACCAACGAAAGCUCUCCAAAGAUAGGAGACGAUUUUCCAAGCCCCACUUCGCCACAACUGAGAAGAAGAUUAGUGUCUACAAGUUCAAAACCAAUAAAACUAGACUCUGCAGCUCAAGCGCACACUGACAAGCAGAGAAAGCUUCAAGAGGAUCUAACUGAUGAAAUGGUGGGACUUGCAAGACAACUCAAGGAGACAAGUCAAGCGAUAAGCCAAUCUGUGCAAACUACAGAAAAGGAAGGCAAUUGGAAAAGUGAUGAUUGCUCUCGACCACAAGACUGGCCUGUCUUCAAAACUAUAGACUCUCUGUGACCAUAGGAGAACACUGGUGCUUUAUUCUAGUAAUAAGGUUAUUGUAAUGGCCAUGUAUGCUGCACCAUCUUACAUUUUAUGUACGGUCUAUAAUCCCCUGUCUUUGUAAUUUAUCAGACCACAUUCUGACGUGAAAUUUAAUAAUCAUACUUGGUUCGCA